AUGGACACAGAAGAAGUAAAGCGAGGUCGUGGGCGCGGGCGCGGCACCAGGGCUCGUGGACGCGGUCGAGGAAGAGGUCGCGGACGUGGCAAGAAGAUUGAAGACAGCAAUGUUGCUGGGUCUGCUGCCGCUACCGGCUCCUCAUCAACCCUGGCCACCAGCAACAGAGACAUACAAGAGGCACCAAUGGAUGCUGUUAUGCUUGAUUUGGACAAAGAGGGCGGCGAUAUAGAGUUGGUCAACUCACCACCUACAGCCGCAGGAGCAAUGGAUGAAGACAUCGCGCCUUCAGAGCCUCAGCAGAUGUUACCGCCUCAGCAGAUGCAGCAGGUUGCCCCGCCUGUGCACAGCAAGACAAUUGACAUGGAGGCGGAUAUAUCGCAGCUAGAAGCCCCAACAUUCACUACAUUGUCGCGUGGGCCACCAGAGCCAAUGCUGCGCUUGAAGUGGAACCACAAGGUGAGCCUUAUCGGCGAAAAGGUGCUCAAUCCGAUGAUCCACUGUUGCGAUCAGUGCGACAAGCCGAUCCUCGUCUACGGUAGGAUGAUACCCUGCAAGCAUGUUUUCUGCCUUAAGUGCGCCCGAGCCGAUCCCAUAAAGAACUGUCCCCGGUGCACGGACAAGGUAAUACGCGUGGAGCAAAGUGGCCUGGGCACCGUUUUUAUGUGCACUCAUGGUGGCAGUAGGUAUGGUAGCUCCGGUUGCCGACGGACUUACUUGUCACAAAGGGACCUACAGGCACAUAUUAACCACAGACAUGUAGCGCCUCAGGUAUCGCUUCAGCCACUGCCCCAGCUUGCUUCCAUGACGGAACCUAAGCUGACGGAUCUAGGCGGCGUGAGCCUGGAGUUGCACAAGCAGCGCAAGCUCUCCGAGUCGUCUGUCCCCACAUCAGCCACCGUUUCCCGCCCUCUGUCACGCCCUCCUGCCGUCCUUGGAGGCAUCGGUACUAUACCACCGCCAGGAACCGCCGCCACUCAAAGCGCUAUCCAUGGGCAUUCUACGUUAACGCUGGCGAAUCUGGCAAGGAUUAACAACGCCAACGCCGUUGACUGCCACCAGGGAAAGGCCUCGUUACACCAGAGCCUAAAGAAGGGUCCGCCCCACCAAUCCGAGUCUGUGGCAGACGCCUCAUACUACAGCAGCGUUCUUGCUUCUUUUGGGAGCGGUUCAGGCCCUCCAGGCCUUCCUUCCGGUCAGCCUGCUCCUGGCAAUUCAAACAAUAUCGUUUCUGUCGCUGGCGGCCCAAGUUUAGUUCAAGGAGGCUCCACUGAGAUGGCAGUGGGCGGGUUAAGUGGGAACUGGCAGAAAUCGCAAUACUACAGGUGAGGGACAGAUGUACGACCCAAGUACAGGGCAGGAGAUUUUUACGCAGGCACGGCUUUUAAUUAAGUGAACUACAUUUGUACAUGUACUUUAAGAGGAAAAUAAAAUGAAUUAAAUGGGGAUUUAUUAUGCCCUAGAU